AGUGCAAGUGACAGGCCGGCGCCGUGACCUAGAGGAACAAAACCGGGUGUUUUUAUAUUUUUGGAACGGGGGUAGAGAAGAAGCGGCAGGCGGGAUGGGCGGCGGGGAGGAGAGGGCCGGGCAGCUGGGUUUUAUCCCUCAGAAAGAAAUCGUUUACAACCGGCUUCUGCCCUAUGCCGACCAAAUGGACCGGGAGUCUAACGAACUCCUCGCGCAGAUCAAAGGCAACCUAGGCCGGGCCGUGCACCUGCGGGAACUGUGGCCGGGGGUGCUUUUCUGGACCCGGAAACUCAGCACGUAUAUCAGACUGUACGGACGGAAGUUUAGCAAAGAAGACCAUGUACUUUUCGUCAAGCUGUUGUACGAGUUGGUGACCAUCCCGAAACUGGAGAUCAGUAUGAUGCAAGGAUUUGCUCGUUUAUUGAUCAGCCUUUUAAAGAAGAAAGAGCUUCUUUCCAGAGAAGACCUACAAUUACCCUGGAGGCCACUGUAUGAAAUUCUGGAGAGAAUAUUGUACUCAAAAACAGAACAUCUUGGUCUCAGUUGGUUUCCCAGUUCUGUAGAGAGUGUCCUGAAAACUGUAGUGAAGGCUUGUCGACCUUAUUUUCCAGAUUCCGCGACUGCAGAAAUGUUAGAAGAGUGGCGGCCUUUAAUGUGUCCUUUUGAUGUCACCAUGCAAAAGGCAAUUAGUUAUCUUGAUUUGUUUUUGCCUACCUCUCUACCUCCAGACCUGCAUUGUAAAGGAUUCAGGCUUUGGUUUGAUGAAUUAAUGGGCCUUUGGCUUUCAGUACAGAAUCUUCCUCAGUGGGAAGGGCACCUUGUGAACCUUUUUGCACGCUUGGCAAAUGACAACAUUGGGUACAUUGAUUGGGACCCAUAUGUACCAAAGAUCUUCACCAGGGUUCUCCGAAGCUUAAAUCUGCCGGUAGGAAGCAGCCAAGUGUUGGUUCCAAGACAGCUAACGAAUGCCUACGACAUCGGACAUGCAGUAAUAUGGAUAACGGCAAUGAUGGGUGGACCAAGCAAGACCGUGCAGACACAUUUAACUGGGCUGUUUAAUAGCAUUACUUCCUUUUACCAUCCAUCCAACAACGGGAGGUGGCUGACAAAACUAAUGAAGCUGCUCCAGAGGUUGCCAUGCUGUGUUGUUCGACGAUUGCACAGGGAGAGAUAUAAGAAGCCAUCCUGGCUCACCCCCGUGCUAGCCAGUCACAGACUUAGCGACCAAGAUGUGACAGACUUUGUUGAAAGUAUAAUGCAACCUGUCCUUUUGGCGAUGUUUAGCAAAACCGGAAGCCUUGAGGCUGCGCAGGCACUGCAAAACCUUGCGCUGAUGCGCCCAGAGCUUGUUAUUCCCCCCGUGCUUGAAAGAACCUAUCCAGCUUUGGAAACGCUAACUGAGCCUCACCAGCUAACCGCCACGUUAAGCUGUGUCAUUGGAGUGGCUCGUAGCCUCGUGUCCGGAGGGAGAUGGUUCCCAGAAGGUCCAACGCAUAUGCUACCUCUGCUGAUGAGAGCGCUCCCUGGUGUCGAUCCUAAUGAUUUUAGCAAGUGUAUGAUUACAUUCCAGUUUAUUGCAACGUUUUCCACAUUGGUGCCUUUAGUAGACUGCUCGUCCCUGCUGCAAGAAAACAACACUUUUUCAGAGGUGGAGCGGGAGCUGUGUUCAGCCACUGCAGAAUUUGAAGACUUUGUCCUACAGUUCAUGGACAGGUGUUUUGCCCUGAUUGAAAGCAGCGCUCUGGAACAGACCCGGGAGGAGACGGAAACCGAAAAAAUGACUCAUUUAGAGAGCCUGGUAGAACUUGGCCUGUCAUCCACGUUCAGCACGAUCCUCACUCAGUGUUCCAGAGAAAUCUUCAAGGUUGCUUUGGAGAAAGUUUUCAAUUUUGCAGUUUCUAACAUAUUCGAAACAAGAGUUUCAGGCAGAAUGGUGGCGGACUUGUGCCGGGCAGCUGUGAAGUGUUGCCCUGUGGAGUCUUUGAAGCUCUUUCUGCCUCAUUGCUGCAAUGUUAUAACGCAACUCACUAGUAACGAUGACGUCCUCAAAGACGAAGAGUUGGAUAAGGAAUUGCUGUGGAAUCUGCAGCUUUUGUCUGAGAUAACAAGGGUGGACGGAGCGAAGCUGCUUCCUUACAGAGAUCAGCUUGUAAAGAUUCUAAGGCGCACGUUGCACUUCACCUGCAAGCAGGGCUACACAUUGUCCUGCAACCUUCUCCACCAUCUGCUGCGUUCCAGCACGCUCAUCUACCCCACCGAGUACUGCAGUGUACCUGGGGGAUUCGAUAAGCCGCUGUCUCAAUACUUCCCUAUCAAGGACUGGGGGAAACCAGGUGAUUUGUGGAACCUCAAUAUCAAGUGGCACGUCCCUUCGGCGGAGGAGAUUGACUUUGCGUACUACCUUCUGGAUCACUUUCUACAGCCAGAGCUACAGAAACUGGAGCGCUAUGGCAGCGGAGAGAUUGAGAUGUCCAGGGAUGACAUUCAGCAGUGUCUGACUAUCGUGCAUAAUUGUCUCACCGGCUCAGGGAAUCUUCUACCUCCUCUGCGUGGAGAGCGAGUAACCCACCUGGUUACAAGCAUGGUGUCUUUGGAUGAGACCAAACUCUUCACUGGUAUUCACUACGACUAUCGUAAAGAAAACUACAGAGAAUCAAUUUCAAAAAUACUCAGGAAACUUUUGCACUAUAUCCUUGACCACUCAGAAGAUGACACCAAGUCUUUGUUCCUAAUAAUAAAGAUUAUUGGGGACCUUCUGCAGUUCCAAGGAUCUCACAAACACGAGUUUGAUUCCCGAUGGAAGAGUUUUACUUUGGUCAAAAAGUCCAUGGAAAAUCGGCUUCAGGGUAAGAAGCAGCACAUCCGCGCCCUCCUGAUUGACAGAGUAAUGCUUCAGCACGAGCUGAGAACGUUAACUGUUGAAGGCUGCGAGUAUAAAAAUGUUCACCAGGACAUGCUGAGGGAUCUUCUGAGAUUGUCUACAAGCUCAUACGGUCAAGUGCGAAACAAAGCUCAGCAAGCAUUUUUCACAGCUCUGGGAACCUACAAUUUCUGCUGCCGGGAUAUAAUUCCUCUUGUACUUGAAUUCCUGCGUCCGGAGAGGCAGGACGUCACUCAGCAACAGUUCAAAGGUGCCUUGUAUUGUCUGCUUGGGAACCAUGGUGGAGUCUGCUUAGCCAACCUCCACGACUGGGAGUGCAUCGUGCAGACUUGGCCGGCUAUUGUCUCUUCUGGUCUCAGCAAAGCAAUGUCUUUGGAGAAGCCAUCCAUCGUGCGCCUUUUUGAUGAUUUGGCAGAGAAGAUCCAUCGGCAGUAUGAGACAAUUGGCUUGGAUUUUUCAGUACCAGAGACAUGCAUAGAAAUUGGCAUUCUUCUGCAGCAAUCAAAUCACCCGCCUGCCAAAUUACAGCUGCCCCAUCCCGACGAAAUCUGCCGAGCAAGCAAGAGGCAAGAAGAGAAGAAUGCAGAGUCUUUGCGGAACUAUGAACGCUUGAUCAAUACUCUGUUGGAUUGUGUCACGCAAAGAAACCUCCCCUGGAAGUUUGAACACAUUGGCAUUGGGUUUCUGUCGUUGCUCCUGAGGGACGAUAAUGUUCUACCUGUCCGUGCGAUCAGAUACUUGGUGCAGUGUCUGAAUCAUGACGCACUCAUUGUGCGUAAGAUGGCUAUCUCCACUGUUGCUGGCAUUUUAAAGCAAUUAAAGAGACCGCAUGUGGAGGAGACGGUAUGCCCGUACACAAUCGGCGGGUGUAAGAAGCCGGACGGUAUUUUGUGCGGGGACAGACCUGACAACCAGUGGUUGCUUUAUGACGGUGCAAACCUACCAAAGACUAAGGAGACCUGGGAAUCGUGCUGUUUCGUGGAGAAGACUCAUUGGGGGUACUCCACGUGGCCGCAGAGAAUGCUGGUGUACGCCUCAGCCGAUCAGCAACCGAAGCUUGGCAGAACAAGAGAAGAAAUGUCAGAACCAGAGCAAGUAAUCUACGAUCAUUUUACGGAUGAAAAAUUUGUCGACCAGUUGAUAAAGUUUCUAUCGUUGGAAGACAGAAAGGGAAAGGACAAAUUUAACCCCCGGAGAUUUUGUCUCUUUAAGGGUCUCUUUCGGAACUAUGAUGAUGCUUUCUUACUGGUAUUGAAGCCCCAUUUGGAGAGGCUGGUUGCAGACUCCCAUGAGAGCACACAACGUUGUGUGGCGGAGAUCAUUGCCGGCUUAAUCAGAGGCUCCAAACAUUGGACUUUUGAAAAGGUGGAAAGUAUGUGGAGCUUGGUGUGUCCAUUACUGAGAACAGCAUUGAGCAACAUCACGGUGGAAUCUUACGGUGACUGGGGGACGUGUAUUGCAACAUCGUGUGAGAGCAGAGACCCCCGCAAACUGCACUGGUUGUUUGAGCUGCUGCUGGAGUCUCCGGUUAAUGGGGAAGGAGGCUCCUUUGUGGACGCAUGUCGCCUGUACGUGCUUCAGGGAGGUCUUGCGCAACAGGAAUGGAGAGUUCCAGAACUUCUCCACAGGUUGCUAAAGUACCUGGAACCAAAGCUUACCCAAGUGUACAAGAACGUCCGAGAACGCAUCGGGAGUGUUUUGACCUAUAUCUUCAUGAUUGAUAUUUCAUUGCCAAAUACUGCCCCAACCAAGUCUCCUCGCGUCUCAGAAUUCACGGCUCGGGUUCUCGAUGAGCUGAAGCCUCUUACGGAAGCCGACGAGGAGAUCCAGAACCACAUAAUGGAAGAGAACGGCCAAGGGGACAUGGAUGAAAGAACCCAGGCCAUUAAACUGAUGAAGACAAUUUUGAAAUGGAUUAUGGCGAGUGCCGGGAGAUCCUUUUGCGCAGCAGUUCCAGAGCAGUUACAGCUUCUGCCAUUGCUGUUUAAGAUUGCUCCUGUUGAAAAUGAUAACAAUUAUGAUGAGCUUAAAAGAGAUGCAAAGAUGUGCUUAUCCCUAAUGUCACAAGGAUUGCUGCACCCGGAGCAGGUGCCUUUGGUUCUGGAUGUGUUGCGACAAACAGCAAGAAGCAGCUCGUGGCAUGCGCGAUACACCAUUCUGACCUACAUCCAGACCAUGGUCUUCUAUAAUCUCUUUAUUUUCCUUCACAAUGAAGAAGCAGUACAAGGAGUGAGAUGGUUGGUUCUACAACUAAUGGCAGAUGAACAAUUGGAGGUAAGAGAAAUGGCCGCCACCACACUAAGCGGACUCCUGCAGUGUAACUUUCUGCGUAUGGAUAGCUCGAUGCAGGUGCAUUUUGAACAGCUUUGCAAGACAAGACUACCCAAGAAGAGGAAGCGAGACCUGGGCAUGGCUGUAGACACUAUACCAUCAGCAGACUUGGUGAAACGUCACGCUGGUGUGUUGGGACUCAGUGCUUGUAUUUUAUCCAGUCCAUAUGAUGUACCUACAUGGAUGCCACAACUUCUGAUGGACCUCAGUGCCCAUCUGAACGACCCUCAGCCCAUAGAGAUGACGGUGAAGAAAACACUAUCCAAUUUUCGGAGGACGCACCACGACAAUUGGCAAGAGCACAAGCAGCAGUUCACAGAUGACCAGUUACUGGUUCUCACAGACCUCUUGGUGUCUCCCUGUUAUUAUGCAUAAAAGGUUCAGCACAAACACAUACUGGAAUAAAUCAAAGACAAAUGAAGAAUGUUCCAGAAUAUUUCACAGAAGACAUUUAACCCGGAUGUCUUUGAGCGGAUGGAGUUUUUGUUUUUUUUAUAUAUAUAUUUCAUUUUAAGGCUGACGUAGAAUGCAAACAUUUGGCAAUAUGUUUUAAUAGAAGGGUUUGGAGAAUUUGUGUUUGUGACAGAACGAACAUAUCCAGCAUUUUGAUUCAGAGACUAGCCUCUUCGGUAAUACUAACGGAUGCUCUGUGUACGUGUCUCAGCCGGAUCAGGACCUGACAAACAUUUUUGUGAAUGUUUUCCAUAACUGUAUAAACUGUAGAAAUAUUACAAUAGUAAUAACUUGUACAGAAUACAACCUUUUACAUAAGAUACUUGCUACAGCACUGGUUUGUAAAGAGUCACAGCGCUGACAUUGAAGUUAUACCAAGGCUUUGUAUCAGGACAGAUGCCAUACUUUUGUGUUUUUAAAUUAUUUUCUUUAACUUUUUUUUUCUCGUAGUUCAUUUCUGGCUGGUUUUCAUUACACAAGUAAUUACAUGUCAUUGAACGCACAGUACGUCCGCAGGUUCUGCUUUGCUUGUAAGGCUACUCGAAUGCUGCAUAUUGACAGUUUGCAUACAAGGUACUUUGUGAUCUUAUUUUGGUUUGUUUUCCAUCCUUCAUAAAGACAUCUACUGUCUUCGCUGCAGGAAUACAUUUCGUUUAAAGCACUUCAGCUUUGCCGGUGACGCUAUGAGAACUCGAAGCACAGUUGUGUUCCUAGUGCAGUAUUCAGCAGGUGGCCGCACAGCCGUAAUCACUGUUUAGCAUAGUGCCAAAGCUCUUAAUAUUUCAGUUGCAUACUUAGUUUAUUUUAAGACCCAAUAAAUGGAUUGUUUGUAAUA